AGAUCCCAUAAUUAUUGAAGAUGAUCCAGAUGAAACUAUUGUGAAAGUUGAAAAUGAUAUUGUGGCAUUAGAACCUUUGAACACUGUCGAAGGAAAUAUCGAAUCCGUCGAUGCGAGUUAUAUGGAUCUAAAGCAAGAAACGGAAUUAAAUACCGCGCUCUAUCAACAAGAAUGUGUAAUGAACGUUGUAAGCGCAGGAAUAGAGAAACCAAUGGAAGCUGUCGAGAUGAAGCAGGCCGCAGAUUUGGCACUCGAUCUAGAUCUAUUAAACGAUGAUGGCACAGAAGAAGCGUCUGUUGAUUUAAACCGUAAUCAAAGUUUGACCAAAACACCUCGAAAACUCUAUAACCGCCGUCGGCUAAGGUCGGGCAAACUAUAUCGUUAUCUGGUGGGAAUGGAAUUGCCGAAUUCUGCCACAGCAAGGUCCAAAAUAGUUAAAAAGAAACUUGUAAACAAAUCAAACGAAGUUUUGGGCUGUACCUUUUGUUCUAAUUGGAAAAGAGCUCUUGCUCUUCAUUUAAAAUCCGGCGACUGUCCACUUCUUGAAUGGAGAAAGUAGUUCAUUAUGUCGUAAUUGUACAGUUUAUUUAUUAAUAAACACCCGAAAUUAAUUAAAUUAAUUAAUUAAAUUAAUAAACAACCGAAAUAUUA